UCGCGAAUUUCGGUUGAAAAUGUCGACGAAGUCCUCAUAAUCAUACACGAUUAUAACUAAAAAAAAAGUAAUGAGCGAUGCUCCGUGAAAAUUGCCGUGUUCCUUUCAGCUCGACGCUUCCGACACGCGCCGCGUUUAAGAUAUACGCAGCUUACUGGUUGCAGAGAAAAUUACAUCCACUCCCAAGCGUCCUUUAGCGUCAUCGGCGAGAUAUCUCGAAUGAGAGCUUAUCUCCCCUUCUCUUCCGACAUCGGCACCGGAAGUCGCCGACGUUUCCGAGAGCGAGACGAGCGUCUUGGAAGGCAUCCAAGGUUAUGUCACCCGCAGUGACGUAAUUUAAAAUCUCAAUGCGGAGUAGCAGAAAAAGCGAGCAGCGCGACGUCGCGAAAGCUCAGAUCGCCGCUGCUACGCGCGGAGAUUCGAGUGGAGCGACGAGCAGCGAAAGUGUAACUCCAUCACCCAGUCGUGAACGUCCUCGUACGAAAGAACAAGAGCAGCAGGACGUCGCGUCGAGUUCAAGCGAAAGUCAAAUGGUCUUUCCAUUGUCACCAUGCAUUCCACUGAUUCGAAAAAGUCAAAGUCGAAGGAAACCACAUGUGUCUGAGACAAAGAAACAAACAGCUAUAGAUAAAUAUACACAGACGUAUUUUAAGUUUAUGCAAAAUUUGUCAAACAAGCGAUGUAUCGAAAUCCUAAAUGAUCCUGUAGACUAUAGGAAAGAGAAGUAUGUAUUCUAUCGUGAUUCCUGCGAGAUGUUACUUAGAGAAAUGGAAGAAAUAGAAAAAAACGGAACUUUUUUCAUUUCACAAGUAAAUGAACGUAAGCAAGAGGAAGAGACAGUCACUGAGCAAGAGAAAUAAUAAAAUAAGAUCAGUGUUAU